GCUGAUUCUCCACCUCUGCCGCAUUAACGUUUCGCCAGGAAAACUGCACAAAAACUGUUGUUUUUCGUUGUACUUAGUAAAGCCGUUUUCUGAAAACUUUUGGCACAAGCUGCGGCGCAAAAGCGCAAUAAACAAGAGCAAUCAAAGCUUGAAAUUGAAGGACAUGUCCAAUUCGGAGAAGAUGCAGGGCCAGGAGCACGACGAUGAGCAGUCUUCCGACAUAGAGGAGUCCGCAAACAACGUCGGCCAUGAUGAAGGCACCGAUGAGGACGAAGAUAGCAACGGCAAUAUGCAGCAAGAGGAUAGGGAUGGGGAUAAUGAUGGUGACGUCCAAGAACAGUCUGGAGAUGAGGAGGAGAACAACAGUCAAGGUAACGAGGUCAACAACGGCUCCGGGCAGCUGCAACAGCAACAGCAAAUCGACCGCACCAGCGCAACAAACCUGAUCAUUAACUACUUGCCGCAGGAUAUGACCGACCGCGAGCUAUACAACCUAUUUAGCGGCUGCGGGCCCAUUAACACAUGCAAGAUAAUGCGUGACUUCAAGACGGGAUAUAGCUUCGGCUACGGCUUCGUGGAUUACAAAACAGAGAUGGACUCGGAGGACGCUAUCCAAAAGCUAAACGGCUUCUAUGUGCGCAACAAGCGAUUAAAGGUUUCUUAUGCCCGACCUGGUGGCCAAUCUAUAAAGGAUACCAAUCUGUACGUGAUCAACUUAUCGCGCAAUAUCAAUGACGACAUGCUCGACCGGAUAUUUUCUCCAUUCGGCCUGAUUGUGCAGCGCAAUAUCUUGAGGGACAAGCUUACCGGGAGGCCGCGCGGCGUCGCUUUUGUUCGUUACAACAAGCGAGAGGAAGCCCAAGAGGCGAUCAAGGCCUUGAACAACACAGUGCCAGAGGGCGGAUCCCAGCCAAUCUGGGUACGUCUUGCAGAGGAACACGGCAAGGCCAAGGCGGCGCAGUUUAUGUCGCAGAUCGGUGGGGGCAACGGUGGUGGAGUUGGUGGCCCACCGCACAUGGGUCCCGGUGGACCAAUGCAACCGCCGCAUCACCACAACAAUCACCAUCACAACAACCACCAUAAUCCGCAUAUGCAACUACAUCAUCACCAGCAACAGCAUCCACACCAACAUCCGCACCACCAUCCGCCAUUGCACCAUAUGCAACACCACCAUCCCAAUAACCAUAACAACAAUCACCACAAUAACAGUCAUCAUAACAACAACAACCACCACAACAUGGGUGGUCCCCAUCCGCACCACUUGCAGCAAAUGCAUUCAAUGAACAUGAACAUGGGCAUGGGCGUGAACAUGGGAAUGGGCAUGAGCAUGGGCAUGCCCAUCCACGGAGGUGGCACCGGUAAUGGUGCUGGCGGCGGUGGAGGCGGUGGUGGCUUUCACCAUAUGGCGCACAGAGGUAGAUCUAAUAGAACGACACGAUCUCAAAAACCGCAUCCGUAUAACCAUGCCCAGAAAUUUAUUUAAACGCCAUUAAUUUCUUUACACGAUAUUAGCUGCAAUCUCACAGGUGAAGUGUUCAUGCUGCCAUUGCGGAUUUGAAGCCGAUAUGCCAGCCAGCCGCAUCGUAUAGUCAAUGGCAAUUGUCUUUGCACCAAUAAAAUCAGCAAGAGCAACUGCGGCAGUUCAGUAAGAACCACCACACGCAGGACACCCCAUAUUCAGUAAUAUAUCAUGAGCCAUCUCGGACUACCUAGUGCUGCUCUACCUUCUAUUUCUUUUUGUCGGCCUAUCCAAAUAUGUUGGCCGAGUCCUUUCCCGUUUCCUAAAGCAGUGUUCGACAACACUUCCUGAAGGUCCAUAGCCUUUUUCCGCUUAACUUUAUCCCCUCAAUUCAGUUACCUUUUCUCUCUCUGUAACGACACAAACGAAGUCAGUUUUAAAGUGAAAAUGAGUGGUGGUUGCCUUCCAUAAGGAAGGACCUGGCCUGACGAUCAACGACAUAGGAACAAUUUAAAACAGGCUCUCAUGAGCCUACUAUGCCAGAUCAGAAAAGAAACGACUCUAAAAUGACCCAAAUAAGCAGUGCAUGGCUCAUGGAGACAGCAUGAACGGAUGAACGUGGCGAAAUUAACGGUUGCGGCAGGCCAUGACAGCUACAAAUAUAAACAAAUAUGAGAAAUCUGAAAAAAAUAGGACAACAAAAACGGAAAACCAAUGUAAAAUAAUAGCAUGAUUGCCUCCAAACUAUAUACGGCAGGUAUAAGCAGAACCGAAUGAACACUAUCACAGAUUUGCUGAGAAAAGUUGAUGCAUAACGUGUAAUAACAUGUAAGAAAUAAUGUUCCAAAGUACACAAGCCCACACAAUCCCCAACCACACACAUAAAGACGGUCGGAGUCGAAUCUUUAAUAAUUUGAUGAUUUUGCGAUAAAGAUAAAUUAUAUGAACUACGAUGCGCAAGUAAGAAACAAUUCCAAUUAAUUUGUAUGAGAAGCAUACAAAAACCCCAAAUCCAAGAGGGCAGUAAUUCAAACCGACAGAAGAACGAACACUUAACUUACACCUAGAUCUAGAGUUCGUCGUAAUUUAUGUCCGAAUAGUGCAACACUUUUAGAGGACAGAUGACGGCUUGUUUUGAAUAGAUAACUUGUAGAGUUUUAAGAAAACUACAAUAAAAGUAAGGGUUCGUUCGAGGCACAUGCUCUUUGCAACGAAAUAAAUAAAUUAUUGCUGUAUAACCAACGAUACAAACGCGGAACACUACACUAAACCAACAAGCAUAUAUUAGAUAAUAUAUAUGAAUGUAUAAACACUCAAUUUGCCGUAAACCUCCAACCAAAACUCGACAAGAAAGAUCGCUGAAUAUGAAAUAAACUUGAAAUUUUACAACCAGCA